AUGAAACAAAUAAGUUUCUUAAAACUGGAAAAUAUAUUCAAUAACAGGUUAAACUGCAUUCAAAGCUCUGAUUUAUGUUCCGACACCAUUGCAAGACGAUUUAUUCGUCCAACUAAUUUUUUAAAUAAUCUAAGCUAUGUCAACAAAACUUUUACUCUGGAUAACAAUCACUGUGUAUGUUUUCACUUGGCAAACAAUCGAAGCAAUAGAAUCCGCUACUCUAUAGAAACCAUGGAGAAUAUAUUAAGUCAGUGUGAGGAUGCUACAUUUGCUGGUGCGUACGCUAAACGUGGUCCAGAACCAUUAUGGGUAGUAGAAACUAAAUGA